GCUGGUGUGAUGAUCAGAGCCAGACGAGACAGACGAGGACACGUCCACCUGGACAUGGAUCACCUGUUGGUGCUGAUGCUGCUGUGGAGCUCAGGAUUCCAGGCUGAAGGAAGACUUGAUUCAACAGAGUCUGUCAGGUUGGUGGGAGGAGCCAGUCGCUGUACAGGUAGACUGGAGGUGAAACACCUGGGAGACCAGUGGAGACCUGUGGAACUCGUGGACUGGACCCUGAAGGCAGCAGCUUUCUUCUGUGAACAUCUGGACUGUGGUUCUGUUGUUUCUGCAACAGAGAACAAUCUGUCCUCAGAGACAUCUGUGUGGAAAAUCUUCGCCAACUGUCUUCAUCCUGGUUCUGAUCUGAGAGAGUGUUUAAUGUCAGAUCGCUCUUCCUCCAUAAUGAAUCUCACCUGCUCAGACUCUGUCAGGCUGCUGAAUGGAUCCAGUCUGUGUUCAGGCAGACUGGAGGUGAAGUCUAACCAGACCUGGUCCUCAGUGUGUGAAGCUGACUUUGACCAGCAGGAUGCAGAGGUGGUCUGCAGGGAGCUCGACUGUGGGCCUCCUUCAGUCCUCCAGGGGGCGCUCUAUGGAGAAGGGGAGGCUCCCAUGUGGACCAAAGAGUUCCAGUGUGGAGGCCAUGAGUCUGCUCUGCUGGACUGUAGAAGCUCAGACUCUGAUAGAAACACCUGCUCACCUGGCAGAGCUGCUGGACUCACCUGCUCAGAUCCUGGUGAUGUCAGGUUGGUGGGAGGAGCCAGUCGCUGUGCAGGUAGACUGGAGGUGAAAGACCUGGGAGACCAGUGGAGACCUGUGGAACUCCUGUACUGGACCCUGAAGGAAGCAGCUUUCUUCUGUCAACAUCUGGACUGUGGUUCUGUUGUUUCUGCUACAGAGAGCAAUCUGUCCUCAGAGACAUCUGUGUGGUCAAUCCGCAGCAGCUGUCUUUAUCCUGGUUCUGAUCUGAGGAACUGUUUAUUGUUAGAACGCUCUUCCUCCAGAAUGCACCUCACCUGCUCAGAUUCUGUCAGGCUGCUGAAUGGAUCGAGUCGGUGUUCAGGCAGACUGGAGGUGAAGUCUGACCAGACCUGGUCCUCAGUGUGUGAAGUUGACUUUGACCAGCAGGAUGCAGAGGUGGUCUGCAGGGAGCUCGGCUGUGGGCCUCCUUCAGUCCUCCAGGGGGCGCUCUAUGGAGAAGGGGAGGCUCCCAUGUGGACCAAAGAGUUCCAGUGUGGAGGCCAUGAGUCUGCUCUGCUGGACUGUAGAAGCUCAGACUCUGAUAGAAACACCUGCUCACCUGGCAGAGCUGCUGGACUCACCUGCUCAGAUCCUGAUGAUGUCAGGUUGGUGGGAGGAGCCAGUCGCUGUGCAGGUAGACUGGAGGUGAAAGACCUGGGAGAACAAUGGAAACCUGUGAAAAUCAUGUUCUGGACCCUGAAGGCAGCAGCUUUCUUCUGUGAACAUCUGGACUGUGGUUCUGUUGUUUCUGCAACAGAGAACAAUCUGUCCUCAGAGACAUCUGUGUGGAGAAUCGAACACGACUGUCUUCAUUCUGAUUCUGAUCUGAGAGAGUGUUUAAUGUCAGGUCGCUCUUCCUCCAUAAUGCAUCUCACCUGCUCAGACUCUGUCAGGCUGCUGAAUGGACCCAGCCUGUGUUCAGGCAGACUGGAGGUGAAGUCUGACCAGACCUGGUCCUCAGUGUGUGAAGCUGACUUUGACCAGCAGGAUGCAGAGGUGGUCUGCAGGGAGCUCGGCUGUGGGCCUCCUUCAGUCCUCCAGGGGGCGCUCUAUGGAGAAGGGGAGGCUCCCAUGUGGACCAAAGAGUUCCAGUGUGGAGGCCAUGAGUCUGCUCUGCUGGACUGUAGAAGCUCAGACUCUGAUAGGAACACCUGCUCACCUGGCAGAGCUGCUGGACUCACCUGCUCAGAUCCUGUCAGGUUGGUGGGAGGAGCCAGUCGCUGUUCUGGUACACUGGAGAUGAAACUGGGAGAAUGGAGACCAGUGGAUGGUUAUAGAUGGACCCUGAAAACUGCAGCUGUUAUCUGUGAACAUCUGGACUGUGGUUCUGCUGUUUCUGUGGGAGAGAAUGAGGAGACCUCAGACACAUCUGUGUGGAGGAUCGACUCUGACUGUAUUGAGUCUGGAUCUUCUCUGAGGGAAUGUGCAACACCAGAUCAUGAUGACUCCACUUUGAAUCUCGCCUGUUCAGACUCUGUCAGGCUGCUGAAUGGAUCGAGUCGGUGUUCAGGCAGAUUGGAGGUGAAGUCUGACAAGACCUGGUCCUCAGUGUGUGAAGCUGACUUUGACCAGCAGGAUGCAGAGGUGGUCUGCAGGGAGCUCGGCUGUGGGCCUCCUUCAGUCCUCCAGGGGGCGCUCUAUGGAGAAGGGGAGGCUCCCAUGUGGACCAAAGAGUUCCAGUGUGGAGGCCAUGAGUCUGCUCUGCUGGACUGUAGAAGCUCAGACUCUGAUAGAAACACCUGCUCACGUGGCAGAGCUGCUGGACUCACCUGCUCAGAUCCUGUCAGGUUGGUGGGAGGAGCCAGUCGCUGUUCUGGUACACUGGAGGUGAAACUGGGAGAAUGGAGACCAGUGGAUGGUUAUGGAUGGACCCUGAAAACUGCAGCUGUUAUCUGUGAACAUCUGGACUGUGGUUCUGCUGUUUCUGUGGGAGAGAGAAAGGAGACCUCAGACAGAUCUGUGUGGAGGAUUAACUCUGCCUGUGUUCAUUCUGGAUCUCCCCUGAGGGAAUGUGCAUCACCAGGUCAUGAUGACUCCACUUUGAAUCUCGCCUGUUCAGACUCUGUCAGGCUGCUGAAUGGAUCCAGCCUGUGUUCAGGCAGACUGGAGGUGAAGUCUGACCAGACCUGGUCCUCAGUGUGUGAAGCUGACUUUGACCAGCAGGAUGCAGAGGUGGUCUGCAGGGAGCUCGGCUGUGGGCCUCCUUCAGUCCUCCAGGGGGCGCUCUAUGGAGAAGGGGAGGCUCCCAUGUGGACCAAAGAGUUCCAGUGUGGAGGCCAUGAGUCUGCUCUGCUGGACUGUAGAAGCUCAGACUCUGAUAGAAACACCUGCUCACCUGGCAGAGCUGCUGGACUCACCUGCUCAGAUCCUGAUGAUGUCAGGCUGGUGGGAGGAGCCAGUCGCUGUACAGGUAGACUGGAGGUGAAAGACCUGGGAGACCAGUGGAGACCUGUGGAACUCCUGUUCUGGACCCUGAAGGCAGCAGCUUUCUUCUGUCAACAUCUGGACUGUGGUUCUGUUGUUUCUGCUACAGAGAGACGUCUGUCCUCAAAGACAUCUGUGUGGUCAAUCCGCAGCAGCUGUCUUUAUCCUGGUUCUGAUCUGAGGAACUGUUUAUUGUCAGAACGCUCUUCCUCCAGAAUGCACCUCACCUGCUCAGACUCUGUCAGGCUGCUGAAUGGAUCCAGUGUGUGUUCAGGCAGACUGGAGGUGAAGUCUGACCAGACCUGGUCCUCAGUGUGUGAAGCUGACUUUGACCAGCAGGAUGCAGAGGUGGUCUGCAGGGAGCUCGGCUGUGGGCCUCCUUCAGUCCUCCAGGGGGCGCUCUAUGGAGAAGGGGAGGCUCCCAUGUGGACCAAAGAGUUCCAGUGUGGAGGCCAUGAGUCUGCUCUGCUGGACUGUAGAAGCUCAGACUCUGAUAGAAACACCUGCUCACCUGGCAGAGCUGCUGGACUCACCUGCUCAGAUCCUGAUGAUGUCAGGUUGGUGGGAGGAGCCAGUCGCUGUUCUGGUACACUGGAGCUGAAACUGGGAGAAUUGAGACCAGUGAAUGGUUAUGGAUGGACCCUGAAAACUGCAGCUGUUAUCUGUGAACAUCUGGACUGUGGUUCUGCUGUUUCUGUGGGAGAGAGAGAGGAGACCUCAGACAGAUCUGUGUGGAGGAUCGACUCUGACUGUAUUCAGUCUGGAUUUUCUCUGAGGGAAUGUGCAACACCAGGUCAUGGUGAUUCCACUUUGAAUCUCACCUGUUCAGACUCUGUCAGGCUGCUGAAUGGAUCCAGUCUGUGUUCAGGCAGACUGGAGGUGAAGUCUGACCAGACCUGGUCCUCAGUGUGUGAAGCUGACUUUGACCAGCAGGAUGCAGAGGUGGUCUGCAGGGAGCUCGGCUGUGGGCCUCCUUCAGUCCUCCAGGGGGCGCUCUAUGGAGAAGGGGAGGCUCCCAUGUGGACCAAAGAGUUCCAGUGUGGAGGCCAUGAGUCUGCUCUGCUGGACUGUAGAAGCUCAGACUCUGAUAGAAACACCUGCUCACCUGGCAGAGCUGCUGGACUCACCUGCUCAGAUCCUGAUGAUGUCAGGUUGGUGGGAGGAGCCAGUCGCUGUUCUGGUACACUGGAGGUGAAACUGGGAGAAUGGAGACCAGUGGAUGGUUUUGGAUGGACCCUGAAAACUGCAGCUGUUAUCUGUGAACAUCUGGACUGUGGUUCUGCUGUUUCUGUGGGAAAGAGAAAGGAGACCUCAGACAGAUCUGUGUGGUGGAUCAACCCUGACUGUGUUAAGUCUGGAUCUCCUCUGAGGGAAUGUGCAAGACCAGAUCAUGGUGGCUUCAUUUUGAAUCUCGCCUGUUCAGACUCUGUCAGGCUGCUGAAUGGAUCGAGUCGGUGUUCAGGCAGACUGGAGGUGAAGUCUGACCAGACCUGGUCCUCAGUGUGUAAAGCUGACUUUGACCAGCAGGAUGCAGAGGUGGUCUGCAGGGAGCUCGGCUGUGGGCCUCCUUCAGUCCUCCAGGGGGCGCUCUAUGGAGAAGGGGAGGCUCCCAUGUGGACCAAAGAGUUCCAGUGUGGAGGCCAUGAGUCUGCUCUGCUGGACUGUAGAAGCUCAGACUCUGAUAGAAACACCUGCUCACCUGGCAGAGCUGCUGGACUCACCUGCUCAGAUCCUGUCAGGUUGAUGGGAGGAGCCAGUCGCUGUUCUGGUACACUGGAGGUGAAACUGGGAGAAUGGAGACCAGUGGUUGGUUAUGGAUGGACCCUGAAAACUGCAGCUGUUAUCUGUGAACAUCUGGACUGUGGUUCUGCUGUUUCUGUUGGAAAGAGAAAGGAGACCUCAGACAGAUCUGUGUGGUUGAUCAACUCUCACUGUAUUGAGUCUGGAUCUCCUCUGAGGGAAUGUGCAACACCAGGUCAUGGUGACUCCAUUUUGAAUCUCGGCUGUUCAGACUCUGUCAGGCUGCUGAAUGGAUCCAGCCUGUGUUCAGGCAGACUGGAGGUGAAGUCUGACCAGACCUGGUCCUCAGUGUGUGAAGCUGACUUUGACCAGCAGGAUGCAGAGGUGGUCUGCAGGGAGCUCGGCUGUGGGCCUCCUUCAGUCCUCCAGGGGGCGCUCUAUGGAGAAGGGGAGGCUCCCAUGUGGACCAAAGAGUUCCAGUGUGGAGGCCAUGAGUCUGCUCUGCUGGACUGUAGAAGCUCAGACUCUGAUAGAAACACCUGCUCACCUGGCAGAGCUGCUGGACUCACCUGCUCAGAUCCUGAUGAUGUCAGGUUGGUGGGAGGAGCCAGUCGCUGUUCUGGUACACUGGAGGUGAAACUGGGAGAAUGGAGACCAGUGGUUGGUUAUAGAUGGACCCUGAAAACUGCAGCUGUUAUCUGUGAACAUCUGGACUGUGGUUCUGCUGUUUCUGUGGGAGAGAGAAAGGAGACCUCACACAGAUCUGUGUGGUUUAUCAACACUGACUGUAUUCAGUCUGGAUCUCCUCUGAGGGAAUGUGCAUCACCAGAUCAUCAUGACUCCAUUUUGAAUCUCACCUGUUCAGACUCUGUCAGGCUGCUGAAUGGAUCCAGCCUGUGUUCAGGCAGACUGGAGGUGAAGUCUGACCAGACCUGGUCCUCAGUGUGUGAAGCUGACUUUGACCAGCAGGAUGCAGAGGUGGUCUGCAGGGAGCUCGGCUGUGGGCCUCCUUCAGUCCUCCAGGGGGCGCUCUAUGGAGAAGGGGAGGCUCCCAUGUGGACCAAAGAGUUCCAGUGUGGAGGCCAUGAGUCUGCUCUGCUGGACUGUAGAAGCUCAGACUCUGAUAGAAACACCUGCUCACCUGGCAGAGCUGCUGGACUCACCUGCUCAGAUCCUGAUGAUGUCAGGUUGGUGGGAGGAGCCAGUCGCUGUUCUGGUACACUGGAGGUGAAACUGGGAGAAUGGAGACCAGUGGAUGGUUAUGGAUGGACCCUGGAAACUGCAGCUGUUAUCUGUGAACAUCUGGACUGUGGUUCUGCUGUUUCUGUGGGAAAGAGAAAUGAGACCUCCUACAGAUCUGUGUGGUGGAUCGAACCAGGCUGUGUUGAGUCUGGAUCUCCUCUGAGGGAAUGUGCAUUAUCCUUUAUCAGCCAUUCCUCCAUCUUGGAUCUCACCUGUUCAGGUCCAGCACAUCCAACAGUUCUUCUCAUCAAAGUGGUGGUCCUGCCUCUGACUCUGCUGCUGCUCAUCACCGUCCUGUGUUUCUACUGCCGGGCCAGCAGGGGGCAGAAGUGGAGCAGACAGGAGAAUGUGGAGCUGGUUGGGUUAAACCUCGGUGUGGCUGCAGCUGAAGGAGGGCCGACUGGAGCUCAGGAAGCAGAGGAGAACCUCUAAGCAGCUCCUCUCAUGUCCUGAUGAGUUUUACAGCCGACACGCAACCAACCGUCAGCUUAGCCGAGGAUUUCACUACUGCUGGACUUUUUCUUUGGUGUUCCUACUCUGACUGCUUCCUGCUUCCUUAUUUAGCUGUCCUGUCCAGCCCAUUGUUUCCCAGUGAAGACAUAAACUACGCCUACAGUCAACCGACAUGAAAAACGGA